AUGCAUUUUUGGUUCCUAUCCAUAUUCCUCAUUCAAGGAGUUUUCGCAGCCGUCAUUGCCCCAGUUAAACCAUCACAAGAUAACUUUUAUACCCCACCUGAUGGUUAUGAGAAUCUGAAAGUGGGCACAAUACUUAAAUUUAGAAAUACCCCAUUUCCAUUAUCUGGAAUAAUUAAUACUGUCAAUGUUCAGAACUCUUGGCAGCUACUUGUGAGAUCUGAGGAUACAUUUGGUAACCCCAAUGCCAUAGUCACAACCGUUAUUCAACCAUUCAACGCAACUUCUGACAAGGUGGUGUCUUACCAAACAUGGGAAGAUGCAGCAAACUUGGAUUGUUCACCGUCAUAUGGAAUUCAAUAUGGUGCAGAUUUAACCACAUUGAUUUCCCUGUUUGAGAUGUAUUUUAUGUCAGCAUUGUUGGAUCAAGGUUACUAUGUUGUCACUCCCGAUUACGAAGGUCCAAAGAGCACAUUUACCGUUGGAUUACAAUCAGGCAAAGCUACAUUGAAUUCAAUAAGAGCUGCACUUGGUUCAGGGAACUUGACUGGUAUCGAUUCCAACGCUGAAGUUAUGAUGUGGGGUUAUUCAGGUGGCACUAUUGCAUCAGGUUGGGCAGCAGCAAUUCAAAGUGAAUAUGCCCCAGAAUUGACUGACAAUUUGAUUGGUGCUGCACUUGGGGGGUUUGUCACAAAUAUAACGGCUACUGCAGAAGCAACCGAUGGUGGGCUAUUUGCUGGUUUGAUUGCAAAUGCGCUAGGUGGAUUAGGAAAUGAAUAUUCAAAUUUAACCACAUUCAUGCAAGAGAGUGUAAGUAGUGAGCAACAACCAGCAUUUGAAAGAAGGGAUGACCACUGUUUAGUCGACAGUAUCCUUGGCAAUAUUGGUAGUCAAUUCUUUUCUGGGGAGGACAGAUGGUUUCCCGAUGGUUGGAAAAUAUUUGAUGAAGAGCCAGUUGAUUCAAUAGUCAAAAAUAAUGGUUUAGUUUAUCAACCGAAAAAAUAUCUUCCCCAAAUACCUAUAUUCGUUUAUCAAGGAACUCAGGAUAAUAUUGUUCCCAUCAAAAGUGCCAAGACGACUUUCAAACAAUGGUGUGAAUGGGGACUAGAAUCCGGGGAGUUUGCUGAGGAUGAGGCUACUGGUCACAUAACUGAAGUCUUUGUCGGGGCGCCGGCUGCUUUGACUUGGAUCAUCAAUAGGUUUAAUGGAGUUGAGCCUGUUCAAGGUUGUAAUCAUACAUCAAGAGCAUCCAAUUUUGAUUACCCGGGAAUAAGUCAAUCCUAUGUCGAAUAUUUCACGGCUGCGUUAAACGUUGUUCUUGGUAUAAAUAUGGGGCCAUUGACAAAGAGAGAGGUUAACAGUAUACAAGAUUUGAACAACUUAGAGUAUGUAAAAGUGUAA